AGAGAAGCAAGCAAGCAAUCUGCGGUAGAACAGACGUAGAAGCGGAGCGAGGCCGAGAGAAAGUACACGGGGAGAUCAUGGCGAAAAGAUUGCUACUCGAUUAUCACAAGAGUCUGCCGCUCAAUGGACUUGAAGCUUCUACAGUUUUGCUUCUCAUUUAUGGGUUUACCUGUGUGUGCAGUAACGAGGUGCUGGUCCCAGAGAGGGUGAGUGCUGUGCUGGGGAAGAACAUUACUCUGGGCUGCAGGGUGGAGGUGGGCACCAACCUCAGCCUCACCCAGAGCUCCUGGGAGCGUCGCCUGCCCUCAGGCACUAUCACCCUGGCCGUCUUCAACCCCCAGUUUGGCAUCUCCAUCUCCCCAGACUACACCAGACGCCUGUCCUUCCUGAACCCCUCCGUGCACGAUGCCACAAUCGUCCUGGAAGGCGUGGGAUUUCAGGACAGCGGGUCUUACACGUGUAAAGUGGCGACGUUCCCACUGGGCAACACGCAGGCAUCCACCACCGUCAAUAUACUAGUGGAGCCCAAGGUCUACGUCUCCGCCGGAUCUACGGCCCUGGUGGAUGGUGGUAAUGAAUCAGUGGCGGCCACCUGCAUAGCAGAGCGCGGCCGGCCUGCAGCCGAGGUGUCCUGGGAGACUGAGCUGUUUGGCCGCUCUGAGGUCCAGACGCAGGAUGAGCCCAACGGCACCUCCACCACGCAGGUGCGCUACGUGUUGGAGCCACGGAGACACUCCCAGGGCCACACGCUCACCUGCGUGGUGCGCCACCCGGCCCUGCAGACUGAGUUCAGGAUACCAUACGUGCUCAAUGUGCAGUUUGCUCCUGAGGUGACGGUGGUAGGAUAUGACCAGAACUGGUUUGUUGGUCAGGACAAUGUGAAGCUGGACUGUGGAGCCAAAGCCAACCCACCUGCCCACCACUUCUCCUGGACCAGGUUGGAUGGGCCAAUGCCUGACGGUGUGGAUAUAGUGAACAACACUUUUACUUUCACUCGUCCUCUGGAGAGAAAUGACUCUGGACUGUACAGGUGUGAGGUGUCCAAUGACAUCGGUCCACGCGGUCAGGACGUUCAUGUCUGGAUACAAGAUAUGGAGGAGGACAUGGAGAUUGACCGUAACGUCACUGGGAUCCUUGGAGAGGAUGUCUUCCUCCGCUGUCAGUACCUGGGACCGAAUGACAUCACAGACGCCUCAUGGAAACGCCCAGACUCUAGAAUGAAGCGAUCAAUGAAGAAAUUAACAGGCUACAAGAACAACAAGGCUUUCAGCAAAGACCCAGACUUCUCCGCCCCAGCCUCUCCCACCAAUCUGACUGUGAAGAUGAGGGUGUCUACUCUGGAGGCCCAGGGGGAGUACACAUGUGUGUUCGCCACCGAUGAAGAGGAGAUCACUAACAGCAUGUUUCUCACUGUUCUGGCUCGACCUGAUAUCCACACAGUGGUGACAGAGGACACAGACAACGCUACCCACUACCAGUCAGUCACAUGCUCAGCUACCAAUGGUAAACCUGUGGCUCUGAUUCGCUGGGAGAUCAACGGCAGCCCUCCUACUGACGACUCCUCUGUGGAGAUGAGGAACACCAGUUAUACCAAUGGCACUGCCACUGUGACCAGCUUACUCCGCUUCCCCACCCACCUACAGGACCAGGACAGGGUGACCUGUGUGGUCCAGCACCCAACCCUGCCUGACCCCACCACACAUGUCACAGUGAGGGUGGAGACCUUCGUGGCUCCCAAUGUGACCAUUGAGACAUACCUGGUUCUAGAGGAAGGGGAGAAGUUCUGGGUGGUCACCUGUGGUGCGGCCGGAGGGCGACCCCGAGCUGACAUCACCCUGGUGCUGCCCAAUCAGGAGGUCAGUUCCAUGCUACAGAAGGAGGUUGUCAUGGAUGCAGCAGACACAUGGGUCAGGUCAUACCGCUUCCCAGCUGAGCUUCAUGAAGGGGAAAACAUCACCUGCCUGUUUGACCACCCCAAGUUCCCACACGGAGAGCUUCGGACCGUCACUUUGCCGGCAUUCUCUCUGUCUGCUGUUCGGCUGCAGAACCCAGGGUUGGCAGACAGCAGCAACAAGAGCCAGGCUGUAGAGUCAGUGGUUCUGGAGGAAGGACAGAGCAAAACCACCAUCGGGCUAGAGGUCAUUGGGGAUGUACCACGUUACAGUAUAGUAUGCACCAAAGAAGAGCAGUCUCUCCCUGAGGGUGUGGCAGUAUUUGGCAGUGCUCUAACCCUGCAGGGUCCUGUCGAGCUCUACCAUGCAGGGCUGUAUGAGUGUGAGGCCUCCUACUACAGCCACAGGGCAUCUGUACUGCUGGACAUUACCGUUAACCCACAUGUCAAGCAGCCUGUGACUGUUCCUCCCAGCAUAAGGAUUGAUGUCCAGGAUAGACUGGGUGACAGAUUCAUUGAGUGCCUGGCUGCAGACUCCGUCCCUGUUGCCAAUGUGUCCUGGGUUCUACCUGAGGGUGUGUCUGGGCCCUCCUGGUCCAGUCUCACAUCCCAUAAUGGAACCUAUUCUGUCAGCAGUGUGUUAGUGCUGCCUGCCUGCUCAGCCCAGGAGCUCAAUAUGGAGUGUGUGAUAGAUCAUACUGUGUUUGUGUUGCCAGAGAGAAGACAGAUAACACUCCCUGUGUGUGCUCCUCCUAACAUCACCAUCCAAUCCAGCUCUGAGUGGGAGGAAGAUGUAGCAUACACACUGGUGCAGUGCACUGUGGACAAUGUUGGACCUGCUGCCACCAUCUCCUGGAGUCUUGGAGACUGGGACAGUGACAAUAGUACCAGUCAGCUCAUGGAGGUGCAGGAGCAGCAGGUUCACAGGCAGCCUGAGCUCCAUGCCAAUGGCUCUGUGACGGUCCGUAGUGUGUUGAGGUUCCCCACUUCCAUGUUCUCUGGUCAGAAUGUCACCUGUGUGGUGGAUCACCUGGGUCUUGAGAAGCCAGAGAGAACAGGGAUACUGCUGCGUGGACUGGAGUCCCCUGUGAUGCGUGUUUUUGUUGGGAGGCAGAGGGGAUCUCCUCUGUGGCUGGCUGUAUGUGAGUACAGAGGGGACAGGCUCGGAGCACACCUCUCUUGGGUUCUACCUGACAACGCCACAGGCCACAUCUCCUUCCGCUCUGGGUAUGAAGGAGUGAGAGUGCUAACCAACCUCACCUAUGAGUUUUCACUGGCCCUCCACGAGGGACAGGACCUGAUCUGUCUCAUUCAAAAUCACCAUGGACUAAAGGAGAGGAGGACAGUCCAUGUCCCCAAAUACUACAUCUCAUCUGUCAGAGUACUCAAUCAAACUACUCCCCUGUACAAACCUUAUGGAGACGAGUCCGUUAUACAUCGAAUGUCCCUAAAGGAGAAUUUCCACAACCAGAGGAUCCUGCUCAAAGUCUAUGGCAGUGUGCCAACUUAUAGCCUUACCUGUCAGAGAAAUGAUGGCACAUUGGUCCAGAUGGAUGGUCGGGCUCUGUUGUUCCAUUCAGAGGUCACGGAGCGGGAGGCGGGCCUCUACACCUGCCAAGCCUCUUUCUACCACCAUCAGGCCUCGGUCCUCAUUCAAGUGGAGGUCACCAGUGAAGAUAAACAGCUCAGUGAGUGUACACUCACCUUAUCAUGCAUCAGUGAAACAACAAUAUUGAUUGUCUUCAUCGUCUGUUUCUCCUCGGCUGCAGCCAUCACGAUCCUCCUCAUCGUCACUCUGUGUGUUUUCUGCAAAAGAAAUGAAGGAGACCGCCUAGCAUCUAAGAAGCGGGAGUCGCUGGCACCCUUGACCUCUCUGACCCAGGAACUGUGCUCUCCAGAGCUGAAGAAGGGAAAGACAGCAGUGACAGUACCAGGAGGACGAGGCCAGGAGUACAACCAGCUGCUCAGCUACUCUAUUGUCAUUGAUGCCAGAUCCACUGUGUAAAUGACAGGGUGUGUCCCUACUGGCACACUAUUACCUAUAUAGAGCACUACUUGUGCACGGUAUAUGGGAUAGGGUGCCAUUUGAGACUGAAUUAUUUUAUUUGCCAGUUAAAAAAACACAAACUCACAGUACAUGCAUUUAAAAAACUUGACCGGGAUAUCAGAGACUUUUGGUCCCUAAAUUCCAUGGUGCAAAAACAUUACAACAUUACAUAGAUACAGAUACAUUACAUAGAUGGACUCAUGACAUGGAUCAACUUUUUUUCUUUUUUCAAUUUCUCGAUCAUUAGCCAGAUUUUGACUUUAGACACAACCACAGGCUUCUACUAUAUGUUAGAGUCCACUCUACAGUAUCCUGAAUCGCUCUUACGUCACAUAAUGCAUUCGUCACAUAAUGCUUCUCCUAAUGCCAAGUCAUUAAAAUGCAUUAUUUUGUGAAUUUUUCAUCAUUUUUAGUUUUGUUUAUUGGUGUAUUUCAUGCAUUGGUGUUUUAAAUAAUUGUAAUGUGUUGUAAAACUCAUAGAAAUUAUGUUGAGGGUAGCUUCUAUUUGUUUGACUGUUUUGUAUUAUGUAUCAUUUUGGUUAUCUAAUGUUGUAAAAUCUGGAGCAUUAUCAAUAAAAGUAGUGUAAAUGUG